GAGCUCGCCUCGCGCUGAUUUUACAUCCUGUGUGCUGAAGUGAUGUCACGGAUCCUCCGAAUGACCAAAUAAGGACAAUGACACAUGAAACCUGACUCUAAAUCGGACAGUUUUCAGUUCUAACGAACAGUGAACCGGAACAAAGAACGUAGGUCGAACCGACACCGAUUGCUCCUCCGGAUAAGUUGAACCUGCAGUUUGUAUUUAUUGUUUCUGUAAAGUCUUCUUGAAGAGGGAGCAWAGAGGAAGCGGUUCCACCCUCUGAAGCAGCGUCGGACCGGACCGGACCGGGGCUGGGGACAGAGCAGAGGGAGGAAAAGACCCAGAAGAAGACGGGUUGGUUCAGGGGUCCGGACUUUGAUACUCAGUCUGUGGCCUCGGCUCACCCGCGGCGGGACUCCCACCCAGGCCCCGAAGAGCCUCACACGGUUUCCUACCGACCAUGAGCGAGGGAGAGGAGAGAUUCAAGCUGGUGGUGGUGGGAGGAGGAGGAGUGGGGAAGAGCGCUCUGACCAUCCAGUUCAUCCAGUCCUACUUUGUGUCAGACUACGAUCCCACUAUCGAAGACUCCUACUCCAAGAUCUGCAGUGUGGACGGAAAGGAGACCCGUCUGGACAUUUUGGACACAGCAGGUCAGGAGGAGUUUGGUGCCAUGAGGGAGCAGUACAUGCGCUCAGGAGAAGGCUUCCUAUUGGUGUUUGCUCUCAACGACCGGGGCAGCUAUCAUGAGGUCCAGAAGUUCCACACCCAGAUCCUGAGAGUGAAGGACAGAGAUGACUUCCCCAUGGUGCUGGUUGGGAACAAGGCUGACCUGGAACAGCAAAGAGUGAUCUCCAGGGAGGAUGCCCAGGCCUUUGCUAGUGACAACAGGAUUCACUAUAUGGAAGCUUCAGCAAAGAAUCGUUACAACGUGGAUGAAGCCUUCCUGGAGCUGGUGCAGAUCAUCAGACGGUUUAAGGAGCAGGAGAGUCCUCCUCUUCCAGCUCAUCAGACGGAGAAACAGAAAAGAGGUGGCUGUCCCUGCGUCGUCCUCUAGGUCCAUUAGCAUGGACACCAAAACCGGGUCCUGCUUGUACACAAAGGUGUGUGUGUGUGUGUGUGUGUGUGUGUG